GUCACCAUCUCUGGCAUUUUGCUGCUGCUCGUCUGUCGUACGGCAAAGAUUUAUUUUCGGUGCCCAGUUGCUUCUGUGUGAAUAGACAGUUUGUAUUGCUUGUCCUGAUUGGAUAUCGGUAUUCCACUUUUGGCGAAUAGUGAAAUCUUGCAAAUCGCUUUCCAAUACGAUUCGCAAAUUGUGGUUGUGUGGUUCUACGAGAGCGCAGAAGAAAAUAAUCAUUGGAACCGGUGGAUCAGCAGCAGAGAAUCAAAAAAUUGCCUUCCACUAACGCAUUCAGGGUGCUACCAAAAGUUAUUAAGCUGGCUCAGUCGCAUCCCGAGCAAACUGGCAAAUCCCGAGGUGUGCCGAGCUGCAGCGAUCGCGUCAUAGCCCAUGGCAUGACGGAUGUGAAGAAGUUCAUAAAACAUACUUCGUCAAAUCACUUCAGUGAAAAAGAUACUGAUAAAUCCUUCGAGUUCUAGAAGCUAGUAGCUUGAAGCUGAGUAAGAAAGUUUUAUAUAAUCUGUGAAAUUUGAAAGAGAAAAGUUGGGUAGAACAUUAAGUUUCACUACAGUGCCAAUAUUACAACACUUCUUUAACAGUGGAUUACAACCCAUGUGCAUACUCAACUCAUACUAAGAUUCAGUUGUGUCGCUUUCAAUUCUGUUUUGAUUCAGUUAUUUGUAAACACAGAUUUUGCAUCCAUAUAAAAACAGAGUGAAAAAUUUUCCGUAGUUAAAUUAAGCGGCAACUAUUAGACUGUUAUUUGCUGAUACACGUGUUUGAUAGUUGAAGUCUGCUGGAGUCGCUCGCCGUUCAAACCGUAAUCAAGUAGUCAGAAUCCGCUAAGCUUUUGCAGAAGAGAGUGCGAUAACCCAUUUCACGGUCAGCGAGUUCCUGGUCGAUACGCGCCGUGUCGCCUAGUGAGGUGUUAUUGUUUUGUUUGGCGCUAGAGCGCGAACAUAUUGCAAGUGUAGUAAGUGAAGUGCACAACAUCCACGGUUAUCUGUUAGUUACCUGCGGUUUUGGACAGAUUGGACUCUUCAACUGAACUGUUGUUUGAUUUCCUGUUGUUUCAGUGCCGAAGAUAAGGACAAGAAAUAUAUUUACCUUUUGGUGUAGAUAUUUUGAGUAGUUUUAAGGUGUAUAUUCAGGUUGUUUAAGGAAGUGAACAAACACGUUAGUGUUUACUCGAUUGCAGUAGAUAUUUUCUUACAUUGACAAAAAUAGUGCUGAAAGUUGUGAUUCAGGCAGCUAAAAAUCGUCAAUUUCCUGAAAAAAUCCUGAAAAUCGUAAAACAUUUACGUACGCUGCAAUCAGUACUGCUGUUAUCCUUGGAAUCCAGUGCACGCGAGAAAAUCAAUAAUUUGCAAUCUGCUGCAGCUGGGUGAGGACAGAAAUAGAACGUAUAGAAAAUAGCACGAGACAGUUGACGGUCACAGUGACAUGGCUCCAAUUGCAACUACGAACGAUCCCAAGCUGGCCCAUCAAGCCGAUUCAGGCGAAAAUAGUCGAUUUCCGGACGCCAGAUACUACAACAAUCACAAAGGCGGUCUAAAUGAAGGAUCACGCAAUGUUCCUAAUGCGGCCAUAAAAACGGACCCCGGUUUGAAGCCAUGCCUUUUACGGGCUCCCCUGGUGGUGACUAUUGUCGGUCUGCCUUGUCGGGGGAAGUCAAUGGCAGCACACAAAAUAGUGAGACAUCUCAACUGGCAGGGUGAAAGUGCGAAAGUGUUUAAUGUAGAGAAUGGUGCAACACCCGAAAAUCUCGUGGAAAUUUCUUUGUUUUUUAAAGAGGGCAAUAAUGUAGCGAUCCUUGAUGGCAUGCACCUGACUCGUCGAUCUCGUCAACUAGUGACUUCAUUUUGUUCGGAAAAAGUUUUCCAUCAUCUACUGAUCGAGUUUAGCUGCAACGAGCAAAGCCUGAAGGAGAAUGUAGAAGACACAGUACGCUUUUACCAUAAGUUGGACCAGAACAUUGACUGGGAGCGGCGGUUGAAGGAUAGCAUUGCUCUGUACGCAAGUCAAAUCGAACCGUGCUCGGCAGUUGAAGGGUCACUUAUCACUGUGAACAACUCAGAGGAUCCAACGUAUCAUUCAGUUACAGCACGAGGAGUUCAUGGAGCUAUACCAACGUCGAUUCUUGGCUCAUUGGCCAGCCCAAUCAUACGACAUCGUACUUUUUAUUUCAGUCGGCACGGUGAAUCCGAAUAUAAUGUUUUGGGAAGAAUUGGAGGAGAUGCUGAAUUGUCACCCCGUGGUCUCAAAUAUUCCGAGAGACUAGCCAAGUGUUUGGGAGGACCGGGUUCAGCUGUAGAUUGUCCCAAGCCAAAGUUUAUUUGGACUUCUGAGCUACGUCGUACCAUUCAAACGGUCCAGAAUAUUCCAGGUCCGAGAGCAGCCCUUAAAGAUUUAAACGAAAUCAAUGCCGGAAUCUGCGAGGGUCUUACGUAUGAGGAAAUCCAGGAGCGCUUCCCGCAAGAGUUUGCCUGGCGUGAUCAAGAUAAGUUUAAGUAUCGCUACCCUCAUGGUGAAUCCUAUCUGGAUUUGUUGCAACGUGUUGACAGUGUGGUGCAGGCACUGCUAAUCAAUACGGAUGUCCUAGUCGUGUCCCACCAGGCAGUGCUACGCUGCAUCAUGGCGUACUUUAAAGGAACGAAACCAGAUGACGUUCCAUAUAUAAAUGUUCCACUGCAUACGCUGUUGAUUGUACGUUCCUACGGGUACGAGUUUGAAGUAGAGACAGUUCCGCUCAAGGUGGAAUGUGUUGACACGUACCGUAUCCAACCGAAGAACUGCUCGACAACUCGUACCACCGCGGAUGCUUUGAACACAGUCCCGGCGCAUUUUGAUGCCCCUCUAACACAGCAAGUGUCAACCACAAUCAGCUAAUUUGGUUCCAGUCAUGUAGAAAAAAACAACACUGCAAAAGAAGACAAAAUUUACCAAAUGACCAGCCAACUUUCUUCGUGUAGUAAACUGUAGCAGUUGCUAAGAUAAUCUCCGGUUCUCCCAAAAUAUUCGUACAAAUUAUUCGCUAUUUGAUUUGCUGUGAAUGCAUUUUAUGAGCCAGACGUUAUGUUGUGAACAGGCUAAAAAUCGCUACUUACUUCUUUUUUAUUAUCUAUUCAUUUGAAAAUCUUUCGACACACAAUGCAAGUUCUAGUUUGUAAAACUAAGCAGGAUAAGAUUUAUCGUUACAGCGUGAGCGGCAUGCUGUAAUGCGUGUACUAAGAAGUUAAUGGAAAAAUAACUAAGUGUAAAGAUGCAUUUUACUAUAUAUACAAUUAUGACAUACAAUACAUACUUAUACAUAAGAACCAUAAUAAACCCGCAGAACCGUUUAAUCAUAUAGUUGACGAUAAACACGCUCUGAGCUAAAGCACACAGGCCCACUAAAGCUGAAUCUACCGUGUAGCAAGUGUUAGGUUUGCAUAUUUUAUAAGUUUUAUAAUGUUGGUUUAUUACUCAUUGGUAAAAUGAACAUACAAUUUUGAAAAUGUUUAUUAACCAGAAGGCGAACACGCCCAAUUAAAACAGACUGUAGCCGAUAAUGAAAUGUA